AUGAGGACCCUACUUGUGAUUGGUGCCGAACGGUCGUACGGUGAGAUUUACGACCUGCCCAAACACAAGGAAGUGAACUGCACUCGAAACAUCGUGACAGUGCCUUGUGAGCAAUACGUGAUUAAACUUACGGACGAAGCAACGCUGCCAGACGCUGAGCGACCCGAAUUGAUCUUCAGUGGAUCUGUGCAGGGUAACGAGCGAGUGGGUCCGCAGGUGCUUGUGGCUCUCGCGGAACUGUUGCUUUCGCACGCGAGUAGGACGGACGGUAACCCGUGGCUUCAGCAUCUUGUGAAGACCCGCACUAUCGUAAUCGUGCCAACCGCGAACGCUUACGGCUACAGUCACAAUGUCCGAAGGGAACUUGAUGUUGACCCGAAUCGCGAUUUCCCAUACAACUUGGGUGAUAGUAAGGAAUGCAUGGUGACGACGGCUGCCCGUGCACUGAACGAGCUGUGGCGCGACCACUUGUUCCAACUUGGCAUCACUUUCCACGCUGGUAGGGAAUGUAUCACGUACGAGUGGGGAGCCAAGAACCACGUCAAGGCGUCUGGCAAGAGCGACAAGAGCCCUGAUAACCAAAGUCAGCAGCAACUCUCUCGUAUCAUGUCUCGAUUCGGAGGUAAAUUUGAAGAAAGCAAUGACUAUUACCCCGACGGUACUAUGAAUGACGUCGUGUAUGCUAACGAAUACACGACUCCGAAACCCAUUAGAGAGUGUAACCCGUCUAGUUUCGGGGGAUAUCCAGCUGAGAAGACGAGGUACAACAAUGCUACCCAUCGUGCAUUCAACAGCUCAACGCUCUCGGACGAAGCACUAAGUGACUAUUUGCCAGCGACAGAAAUGGUGGGGCACGUCCCUCGCAACGUUCGCUUGUCACUACUGUACAUUGAUCUCCUGCAACGUUCGAAUGGGAGGUUGCGGGGGCCAGAGCUCGGAAAAAAUUAA